CGAUACGGGGGAUACCACCUCCCCCCCUACGUAAGAUGGCGGCAGCUUCCGGAAGUGACGGAGACCUCGCUCCCGUCGUGCAAAGCGGCGACGACGCGGGGCGAGCGAGGAGAAGCGAUACCCGUGGUGGUGAGGAGAGGCGUCGCCAUGCCGAAGAGGACCACCACCACCACCACCGGCAUCACCACCACCACCGCCGCCACCACCACCACCACCACCGGCAUCACCGCCACAGCCGCCACGGUGGUGGCGGGCGCCGGAGGGGACGGCCGCUCGGAACGCCUCCCGGGGCCCCUUUUGAUGGGGCCCCCCAACUUGGUGCCCCCCACGACCUCCACGACCUCCACGACCUCCACGACCUCCACGACGACCACGACCUCGUCGUGGUCGUCGUCGUCGGCGGCGGCGGGGGGGGGGAGAGCCGGGAGCCGCUUCAAAGCGAAGCACUCGCUGGACAGCGACGAGGAGGACGAUGACGAUGAUGGGAGGCGCGCUGGCACGGGGAAGUAUGACAUCCUGAAGAGCGACGAUAUCGAGGGUGAGGAGGAGGCGACGCUGGACUUCGAGGGCGGGGUUCGCAUCACCCCCUUCAACCUCCGUGAGGAGAUGGAGGAGGGACAUUUUGACUCCCAUGGGAACUACUUCCUCCACCGUGACGAGGUGGUGAGGGACAGCUGGUUGGAUAACAUCGACUGGGUGCGAGUGAAGGAGAGGCCGCUGGGAGUCGCCAAGCCAGGCCGUGGCAACGCCACCACCACCACCACCACCACCGCCACCACCACCACCACCGCCGGCGAAGACGCCGACGAAGAAGACGACGACAACGAGGACUCGGGCGGCGAAGACUCCGGCGUGGACGAGGUGGCGAUCCUCACCGGGAUUCUGCCUCUCCUGCAACCGGGCGAGAGCGUCGAGAGAGCCAUCAGGAGACUCGGAGGAAGAGGUGGAAGAGGAGGUGGAAGAAGAGGUGGAAGAAGAGGUGGAGCGGCAGCGAAGGGGACAAGGGAGCAGCAGCAGAAGGGAGGGAAGGGCGAGGCGGGGGAGGAAGGGGAGGUGGGGGAGGUGGAGCGCGAGAAGAUGCAGAAGCUCAUCAGCCUGGCGGAUGAGCUCAUCCAGUCGGGCUACUACGAGAUCUACGGGGACACUCACGAGAAGAUCUCGCACCGCCUUCGGGCGCUCGCAACCCCGGCAACCUCCGCAACCUCCGCAACCCCCGCAACCCACGCAACCUCCGCAACCCCCGCAACCCAACAACAAAACCAACGACGCAGAGACGUCGGAGACGAUUCGUCCGGCCCGCCACCCUCCAAACGCAUCAAGUCGUCCGUGACGUUUGCCGCCGGUGGUGAUGGUGGUGGUGGUGAUGGUGGUGGUGGUGAUGGUGGUGGUGGUGAUGGUGGUGGUGGUGCCGGUGGUGGUGCCGGUGGUGGUGGUGGUGAAGACGUUGAGGAUGCGCUGGACAUGUUUGCCGAGGAGAUUGACGAGCAGACUUUGAGUCGCGACCACAGGAGGGGUGGGGCCGGUGAGGAGGUGAAGGCGGGCGGUGAUGAGGUGUUGUGGCAGUAUAAGUGGGAGGAGGAGGAUGGAGCGGAGGUCUAUGGACCCUUCAGCAGUGUGCAGAUGCAGGGCUGGGUGGACGAGGGGUACUUUGCCGAGGGGGUGCUCUGCCGCAAGAUGGGGGACCCCGACGCCCCCUUCUACUCAUCCAAGCGCAUCGACUUUGACCUCUACACGUGACACCCCCCCCCCCCCCAAAUGGUAGAGUCCAACCCCUCCCCUCCCCCCACUCACA